AUGCCUGUUCGUUUUGAUAUUCCAUCAAAUGUCACCAUUAAUACUAAAGGCGCCAAAUCAGUGUUGACUAAAACGACUGGAAAUGAGAAAACUAGAAUGACCAUGAUGCUUGCUGUCACAGCUGAUGGGCAAAAACUGACUCCUUAUGUAAUUUUAAGGCAUAAAGCAUUACCUAAGGAAAAGUUACCAUCAGGAGUGAUCUUUUGUGUGCAGGAAAAGGGAUGGAUGAAUGAAGAACUUGUGUUAGAUUGGCUGAAUAUGGUCUGGGGUGAGGAUAGACACCAGAGGACCAUGCUCCACUUCCAGGCAGUCCUGCUGGUGGCCCUGAUUCUGGGUACUUCUGUUCCAUUCACUCAAGCAGGACCCUAUGGCGUAAACAUGGAGAACAGCAUUUGCUGUAAGGACUUUGUCCGGUUCCCCCUGCCUUUGAAGCUCCUGACCAAUUUCCACUUCAGCUCCAAUACCUGCCGAAGACAAGGAGUGAUCCUGACAACAGUAAAAGGUCGUGAGAUCUGUGCAGACCCUCAGAAACCCUGGGUGAAGCAUAUCCUCAAGCGUCUCUUAGAGAAGAAUUAAGGAAGGUUCCAGUCCAGCUAUGGAAGUACUGAGGGCUUCUCUUUCCAGAUGUUUUCUCUAGAUGCCUCCCCCCUAUCCAUUAUGGGGAAUCAAUAUCAAUACAGUUGCUGCAUACAGUGUUGGGCCAUGCCCAGAAGACAUAGGCUAAGGUCCACAGGACCCACUCAACAAUCCGACCUCAAUUUUUGAGUCUGCCAAAUAUAUCUGCCAUUUCCCACUACUCCUCUUUUGAUUUUUAUCCCACUUCCUCUUCUAUUGCCCUUAACCUGGAUGUCCAGGGCCAUCAUAAUCACUACUGUCUUCUCUCCCCAUGCCAAAAUCCAUGCCAAAAUACCCCACCUCCUAUCCCUUUCUCCUCCGGCCCUUUGGCAAGGGUUCCUAAUUUUGGUGUGUGUCCUG